AUGCGGGAGGCACGUGCGUCCAUGCUGGGGGCCGCGGAGGCGGUCUUUGCCAAGACAGGUGUCAGCCCCCGUGACGUCCAGAUCGUGGUGACUGUGUGCAGCGUCUUCACGCCCACCCCCAGCCUGGCCAGCAUGGUGGUCAACCACUUCAGGAUGACGUCAUCGGUUGUCACCUACCACCUGGGCGGGAUGGGCUGCUCUGGCGGGGCGGUGGGCAUCAACCUUAUUCACGACCUGCUGAAGCCCAACCUGGAUGAAUCGUGUCAACACGCCAGCAGCAACAGCAGCAACAGCAGCAACGGCGGCAUGCGCAGCAGCAGCAAUGAGAGCAGCGGCAGCAGCGGCAGAAGGGGCAGCGGCAGAAGCAGCGCCAGCGACAGCAGCAACUCGCUGCCGUCGAACGGCAGGAGGCGCCAAGCGGGGUCUGUUGCAACUGCGCGCGCUGCGCGCCCGGGCUGCAACGCGCUGCUCCUCUGCUGCGAGAGCAUGACCAAGGGCCUCUACACGGGCGACGACCUCAGCCGCACGGCCGCCAUGUGCGUGUUCCGCCAGGGGGGCGCGGCGGUGCUGCUGAGCAACCGGCGGGCGGCGGCGUGGCGCGCCAAGUACAGGCUGCUGCACUCUGUGAGGGCGCACAUCGGCGCGGACGAUACGGCGUACAGCGACGUCCCGAAGUCGGCGCAGAAGGCUAUCAGCAAAGCCCUGACCAGG